GUAUUUUUUGAAGAUUGAAAAGAACCAACCCAAAGUCCAGAGCUCCGACAAUGGAGCUAGCUCUACUACACACAUAUCCAACUCUUCCUAGUAAUACCCAUUACUCCCACUUCGAUAAAGUCGUCACAGCUCCAUUUAACAACAAAACUUUAUUCCCACAUUCUACCAGAAACCCAUUAUUCCAAUUCCAAUUCCAAGCCAGAAACUUCUCCAGGAAUGGGAACAACCACAGCCUUAUCUUGUCAGAAAAGGAACUAUCAGAGCUCCAAAUUGACGAACGCGAAUAUGAAACCGAAGAGGAAGCAGAGACGACGUCGUAUUCGGAUGACGACUCGUCUUUCUUGUCUCUGAGUGAAAAGCCCGACAGGAACAUAGCCUUGCUCGACGACUAUGAAAUGGAGGAGCUGGACUAUGCUUCCAACGCUAACCAUCGAAGCGGAUAUGUGGCUGUACUUGGGAAGCCAAAUGUUGGGAAGAGUACACUUGCAAAUCAAAUGGUAGGCCAAAAAAUGUCGAUAGUUACAGAUAAACCUCAAACGACGAGGCACCGAGUUCUUGGUAUAUGUUCUGGCCCAGAGUAUCAGAUGAUACUUUAUGACACACCUGGUGUUAUUGAGAAGAAAAUGCACAAGUUGGACUCUAUGAUGAUGAAUAAUGUCCGAAGCGCUGCAAUCAAUGCAGACUGUGUACUAGUUCUUGUUGAUGCCUGUAAAAUGCCCCAAAAAAUUGAUGAAGUGUUGGAAGAAGGUGUAGGAAACCUCAAAGAUAAGCCACCCACUUUGCUGGUUCUGAAUAAGAGAGACCUGAUUAAACCAGGGGAAAUUGCAAAGAAACUGGAGUGGUAUGAAAAAUUUACUGAUGUUGAUGAGGUCAUACCUGUGAGUGCAAAAUAUGGUAAUGGAGUGGAAGAUAUCAAGGCUUGGAUACUAUCAAAACUUCCAAUUGGGCCAUCUUAUUAUCCAAAGGAUAUUGUUAGUGAGCACCCAGAAAGAUUCUUUGUUUCUGAAAUUGUUAGAGAAAAAAUAUUUAUGCAAUAUCAUCGUGAAGUUCCUUACGCAUGUCAGGUGAAUGUUGUGAGCUAUAAAACCAGGCCAGCUGCAAAAGAUUUUAUACAAGUGGAAAUUGUUGUUGAAAAGAAUUCUCAGAAGAUCAUCCUCAUUGGAAAAGAAGGGAAGGCUCUGAAACUACUUGCAACUGCUGCCCGACUUGACAUUGAAGACUUCUUACAGAAGAAAGUCUUUCUUAAGGUUGAAGUGAAGGUGAAAGAGAAUUGGCGGCAAGAUGAAGGGCUCUUGAAGUACUACGGCUAUGGAGGGCAAAUUCGAGCCAUGUGAUUUCAAGUUUUAUCAAGACCGUAUCCCAUAUCCACCGUACCAUAAAAUGUAAGCGAAGAUCAGUUAAUUGAAUGUACAAUGAUCUCUUAACAUAGAAGCCUUCCAUUUGUAUUCAUGGUAGAUUGAGUAGUUGUAAAUUGUAAUCUCCAUUGUAGUAAUUAGUCUUUUUUUUUUUUUGUGUGCUAAACUUGUAGUAAUUAGUCUUAAUUAAUGCUUUUUCCUAAUAGACCUUUUACUCACUCAAUUAUUAAUUAGCAACAA